AUGACCACAAAGGAGGGCAUGCCGAGGUUCAUGACGAUUUUCUGGGAGGGCGGCCCUCCCACUGAUAUUGCGGAUCGCGUGAAUGCAUCUUACCCGUAUUUGCUUCUCAAAUUAAUGCAUCAACGUGUCACCAAGGACAUCGCUCAGGCGGAUAAGGAGCUUCUUGAUGGCCUGCGAAAACGAGGUUUCAAGACAAAUUUGGGCGACGAUGAUGCUGGCUUUCUGCUUACGGCAUUGAAUGGGGGAGGAGGAUAUUAUCUUGACGUCGGAGCUUCACAGAUGAUCAUCGACGGGAAGAUCAAGCUCAAGAGCGAUGGGCCAAUCUUGCGCUUCACGCAGACAGGUUUACUUUUUGAAGAUGGUUCUACUCUCGAUGCGGACGUGGUCGUCUUCGCUACUGGCUACGCUGAUGCACGUCAUUCAUAUCGUGCUCUGCUUUCGGAGUCACUGCAUGACAAAUUGUGUCCUAUCUGGGGCCUUGACAAAGAAGGAGAGCUGAACAGCAUCUGGCGCGAAGUCGGUGGGCGAGCAAAGACGGGGAACUCAAUGGAUAUGUACGAGUCACUGCACACGAGGCCGUGCACCGUGGACGGUUCCAUAUCCCACAAAGUGUCAGGAGUGCCCGGCUCUGAUACAGCAGCAAGCAAUGCUUUGAGUGGGCAGAUUGCGCAAAUAAUGUUAGGGCAACCAACGCCAGCACACAUCAUGCGAGGGCAUACAGGUGCAGUGUGGGCAUCCGCAUUCUUCAAAGACGGUCGACGGGUUGUCACUGGUUCAAGGAACCACACCCUGCGAAUUUGGGAUGUGGAUAAAGGAACAUUGGUAGGAGGGCCAUUUGAAGGACACGAGAACUGCGUGCGAUCAGUCGCCAUAUCACCAGAUGACAAGCGAAUCGCGAGUGGUGGAGAUGAUCAAACUAUCAUCAUCUGGGACGUCGAGACCAAGCAGAAGGUUUUCAGUCUGCUGGUGAAGCAUACAGGCCGGGUGCGAUCGGUUUGCUUCUCCCCCAGCGGCAAAAGACUCGCUAGUGGGUCAAAUGAUUUCAAAGUUGUCAUUUGGGACGCAGAGACCGGCGCGUCCAGAUGGACUAAAUUGGCAUCUGGAUCAUUGGACCGUACCAUCAAGGUUUGGCGGACUGAUAAUGCCGAACUCAUUCUCCAGAUCGCUCACCAAGAUGGUGUUCGAAGUGUUGUGUGGUCGCCCGACGGUCAGCAAGUUGUCCCCGCAUUAAACGACGCAACCGUUAACUUCUGGAACUCGUCGAGCGGAUACCGGAUCGGCCAGCCUUGUACCGGUCAUACUGAUACCAUCUACUCGCUCGCCAUCUCUCCUGAUGGCACCUUCAUUGCCACUGCCUCAGCCGAUAACACUGCGCGACUGUGGAGCACAAAGUCGCACCAGCAGUUAGGACAGUCACUUAAACACACAACCACACGGGUUUACUGUGUUGCAACUUCCUACGAUGGAGAACUGCUCAUGAGUGGAGACUAUAGUGCGAAAGUUCAGUUCUGGUCUAUCGGCCCACUCAGCAGACAUUCUUACUUGCUCGUCCGUGGAAUCAUUAUGACCUUGGAUUGCCUGACUUUGUAG